UGACAGAUGUCAUUUAAACAUCAUAUCAACAAAAUAAUAAUGACAUCCUUAAAUAAACCAUUCAAUUGAUAUAUUUUGCCGAACAAUUUAUGAAUUGCCGCAUUAGUAAGAUUAUAAGAUCUAAUCUGAUCUGAUCUAAUAAGAUUCUAUUCCAUAUCGCAUUUAUUUGUUGAAAUAUAAAAUGUCAUCUCCUAAAGAAAAAAUUGAGGGAGAAAAACAUGCCGAAAUUGGAGAUGCAGAAGAUCUCGAUAAGACUGGUGAAUCUGCAGCUACGGUAAAUGAAAUUAUGAUAAUUGACCCAGAUACAACUGAAUUAGAUUUAAAUCAUGGAAGAAUUGGAAAAAUGCAAAAUCUGGAACCUUUGCACAAUAUUGAGAGGUUGUAUUUACGCUGGAACUUCAUAAAAAAAAUUGAGAACAUUGAGACACUCACUACUCUCGUUGAAUUGGAGUUAUAUGAUAAUCAAAUUUCAAAAAUAGAAAACUUAGGUACAUUAGUCAAUUUAGAAAUGUUGGACCUGUCAUUCAAUAAAAUAAAAGAAAUUGAGGGACUUGAACAUAAUUUGAAUUUGAAAAGAUUAUUUUUAUCUUCUAAUAAGAUUCACAAAAUUAAGAAUGUGCAGCAUUUAAAAAAUCUAGAGUUGUUAGAGUUAGGUGAUAACAAACUGAGGGAAAUAGAGAAUAUUGAAGAUAUGAGCUCUUUAUCUUAUCUUUAUCUAGGAAAAAAUAAGAUAACCAAAAUUCAAAACCUAGAUACAUUAACUAACCUCAAAUGUCUCAGUUUACAGAGCAAUAGGUUGAAAAAGAUCGAGAACUUGGACAAACUUGUCAAUUUAACUGAGCUUUACCUAUCUGAAAACAUUCUCACUAAUAUUGAGAAUCUUGAAAAUAAUACAAAGUUAGAAACUUUGGAUUUGGCCCAAAAUAAGAUAACAUCCAUUGAUAAUUUAGGGCAUUUAACUGAACUUGAAGAGUUAUGGAUGAAUGACAAUGAAAUAGCAGAUUGGGCAUCACUUCAAAAUUUAGAAGAGAACAAAAAACUAGCAACAGUGUAUUUUGAGAGAAAUCCAUUUGCUCAAGACCCAAUGUAUAGGCCAAAAUUAAGAAGGAUUAUUCCAUCACUGACCCAAAUUGAUGCUACCCUAUGCCAUUAAAAAGUCCUUGGUUUAUUGUUAACUUAGUCUAAGAUCAUGAAAAUAUUGUUUUCUCAAUUUUGCAAAUGAUAUUGAAGAUUAUUGUAAACUUCUUAAAUAUUUUCCCAAAUAAAAAGUAUUCAAGGAAAAUA